AGAAUGCUGUCAGAAGGAUAUCUCAGUGGACUUGCCUACUGGAAUGACAUCCACUGGAACUGUGCAUCUCAUGAGCAAGUACCUGAGGAAAAGGAAGAGGAAACAAAUGUGGAUGCUGUCCUUUCCUAUUCCUCUGUGGAUGAAACACAGCUCAGAAGUCUCUAUGUGAGCUGCAAAUCGUCUGGCAAGUUUAUUUCUUCGGUGCAUUCAAGAGAGAGCCAACACAGCAGAAACCAGCGAGUUACAGUGCUGCAGACAAACUCUAAUCCUGUAUUUCAAAGGCCAACCUUGACCACAGUUGAAAUAUGUAGAGACCACAGUACUAGCAGAGAAACCUACUUGGUGCCACCUUCCUGCAAAAGUAUUUGUAAGAAUUACAAUGACUUACAUAUUGCAGGAGGCCAGGUGAUGGCCAUUAAUUCAGUGACAACAGGUUUUCCCUCUGAGAGCAGUUUUGAAUAUGGUCCUUUGCUGAAGUCAUCUGAGAUUCCUUUGUCCAUGGAGGAUUCCAUUUCCACUCAGCCAAGUGACUUUCCCCAAAAACCUAUCCAGCGCUACUCAUCCUACUGGAGAAUAACCAGCAUCAAAGAAAAAAGUAGCCUGCAAAUGCAGAAGCCUAUUUCGAAUGCGGUGCUGAAUGAGUACCUGGAGCAGAAGGUGGUAGAGUUAUAUAAGCAAUACAUUAUGGACACCAUGUUUCAUGACAAUUCUCCUACCCAGAUUUUGGGGUCUGAACUCAUCAUGACAAGUGUGGACCAAAUUAGUCUUCAAGUGUCUAAAGAGAAGAACAUGGAGACUUCAAAAGCCAGGGAUAUAGUCAUUAGCCGCCUGUUACAGUUGGCGUCAAGUGAAAUCAGCACUCCUAGUCUCCAUAUUUCUCAGUAUAGCAAUAUAAAUCCAUAGAGAAUAUGCUUUCAUUUGUCUCUCUCAGUUACUCACACCCCAAACAACACCCUAUUACAUUUAAUCUGAGAAAGUGCAGGAGGAGGUUAUGAAAGGAAGUCAAGUGAUAGAGAAGGUUGGCUGGAAGUCGGGUGUAAAUUAAGGGGAACUCAUAAUAUUACACAUGAUGAAGGAAUAUGGGAAGAGGAGCUAUGAAGAAUUAUUUCAAAGAAGGUUGUACAGAAAAUUAAGCAAUAAAUAAAAAAAAUAAUCCAGAAAGAAAGUUUAUGAUUCAUUUAAGGGAAUGUAGAAAUUGAAA